AUGGCCCUUGCUUUGCGGUAUGUUGACAAAAAAGGCCAAGUGAACGAGCCAUUUAUUGGUCUUGUUCGUGUUAGUGAUACAUCUGCAAAAUCAUUGAAAGAAGCAUUGACGCUUAUAGCUAUUGCUAAAAAACACAAGGAGGUAGAGACUUUCUUUGCUAUUGUUACUAACGUGUUGAAUGUGAUUGGAGUUUCUUUUAAGCGUAGAGAUCAACUUCGGGAACAUCAAGCAGAAUUGUUGGAGCAAUUGCUAGAGAGUAGUGAAGUUCAAACUGGGAAAAGAUUAAAUCAAGAGCGAGGGCUUCAAAGGCCCGGUGAUACUCGCUGGGGAUCACAUUGUAAAAUAUUGGAUAACUUUGUUAUUUUAUUUUCUUCUAUUGUUCAUGUGCUUGGGGUGAUUGAAUGUGAAGGUGAUGUUAAUGAUAUGUUGCAAGCAGAAGCUUUUUCGAGUAAUAUUAAAGCAUUUGAAUUUGUUUUCUUACUUCACUUAAUGUUGAAAGUGUUGAUAAUGUCAAACGAGUUGAGCAAAGCUUUGCAGAAGAAAGAGCAAGAUAUUAUAAAUGCCAUGGUAUUUCUUGAUAUCACAAAGGAAAGGUUGCAAGAAAUGAGAGAUGAAGGAUGGGAACCAUUGAUGGAUGAAGUAUCUUCAUUUUGUGCAAAACAUGAUAUUUUGGUGCCCAAGAUGGAAGAAUUCUAUAUUCCUGGAACGUCGAAGCGUAGGCCUUCUAGUGUUACUUAUUCACAUCACUUACGUGUUGAGCUUUUUUAUGCAGUGAUUGGUUUGCAACUUCUGGAGCUUAAUAGUCGUUUUGAUGUUGUGAGUAGUAACUUGCUUCUUGGUAUGGCUAGCUUGAAUCCGGCUAACUCAUUUGCUAAUUUUGAUAAGGAAAGAAUAAUGACAUUGGCCAAGCAUUAUCCCGAUGAGUUUGGUGAAUUGAAGCUUCGAGAUCUUAGUCGCCAACUUGACACUUUCAUAUGGCACAUGCAACAUGGUGACCCUAGGUUCUCUGAUUUGAAAGGAAUUGGUGAUUUGGCAAAAGCAUUGGUUGAGGCAAAUCUUGUGGAGACUUAUUCACUUAUUUAUUUGCUUGUGAAGUUGACUUGA